GUGCGACGGAAAGUCUUGGUGUCUCUCCCCAGAUGUGCGAGAAGUUUACCGUCUGCGAGAACAGCAUGGAAAUGCUCCUCCAGAACAACCUCAACCUCCCCAAGGUGACGGAGGAAGAUGGGUGUCUGCUCGCCGGCUUCGAUGAGGAUAAAUGCUUGAAAAAAAUCUCCAGUGGGCUUUACAUGUUUCAGACAUACCUCAAAUACGUACAAGAAACUUUUACUAGUGAAAAGCAAAAUGUUGAAUCACUGUCCUAUACUACAGAGCACCUGGCACGUACCAUAAGACAAAUGGUGAUCAAUCCCGAUGAAGUGAACAUCCCAGAUGCAGCUACCCAGGAAUCCCUCCGUGCAAAGCUGAAGUCCAGCAAGGCCUGGCUAGAGAAAAUCACUACCCAACUCAUCCUCCGAGAUUUUACUUCAUUUCUGGAGAAAACAGUGAGGGCCAUGCGCUACUUGAAAAACACCAGGAGUUUCAGUGUCUGAAUGUUUUAGUUCAGGCACAAUCCUUUGUUACAAAUCUGUCAUGUGGCAGAUGACAGUGUUGUU